UUCAGCUCAUGCAGGCGGAUGGCAACAUGGCGACAGAGUUCCACAAUCUGCAGGAGUUGAGGCACAGUGCAUCUCUGGCCAAUAAAGUAUUCAUCCAGAGGGACUACAGCGAAGGAACCACCUGCAGGUUUCAGACCAAGUUCCCCUCCGAGCUGGAGAGCAGGGUUGAGCGGUCACUGUUUGAGGACACUGUGAAGACGCUGAACAAUUACUACACAGAGGCCGAAAAGAUAGGAGGCCAGUCCUACCUGGAGGGGUGUCUGGCCUGCACCACGGCGUACCUCAUCUUCCUCUGCAUGGAGACGCGUUAUGAGAAGGUGUUGAAGAAGAUAGCCAAGUACAUUCAGGAGCAGAAUGAGAAGAUCUAUGCUCCCAGAGGGCUGCUCCUCACAGAUCCCAUCGAGAGGGGAAUGCGUGUCAUAGAGAUUUCCAUCUAUGAAGACCGGGGCUCCAGUGGCUCCUGCUCGGGGAGCAGCUCCGUGUCCGGCAGCACCGCUCGAUGACCGGGUAGACUUCCUAACAACCAAGUUCCCCCGAUCACUCACAACCCUGGAGAAUUUAAGGACAAAAAUGCUACUGUUGUUCCAACACUUGUCCCUCACAUCCCAAAGCUAGGCUCACACAAAGGAUUUACUAGUGUUUGACCAAGAAAGGCAUGUUGCGGCUGACGUGCCAUCAAAUGCUGUUAAAGCUUUUAAAACACGCACUGUAGAAGUUUGUUGCAAUGCCAUGUGCAUGCCGACACAGUCCUGUUACUGUACGAUGCAAUGUCUCAGUGAAAAGAAAAAAUAUUUCAUUUUGCUAGUAAUACUUUGUGUGAUCGUACCAUCACCUUCCUUCCUGUCCUCUUUGGAGUUACCGCAGCGAUGUGUAAUCAGGUGGGGGAGAAAAGCAUGGAAGGAUGAGAGAAAAGGAGGGAGGGGGGGAGUGUUGAAGACCUCAAGCCUCACCAAACCUCAUACCUCAGCCACAACAGCUGCACCACAAGUCAAGAUCAUCCACCGCUGCAACACACCGGACCAAACUGAACUAAACCUUUAGCAAAUGUAAGGAGGAUGUAGAAGUAUUUGAAGGCAUCACAACGUUUCACCAAACCCAGAUAGACUGUACAAAGAACCUCUUUCACCUCUGAUGUAAAUCGUGCUGUGGGUAGCAGAUGAAUGUCAUUCAGCCCGACUGUGCAUUUUAUGUAGCAGAUCUUCCAUAUUUCUCACAUGAAGCCUGUUUUUUCUUCGUUAGACACAGAAACAUAUCUCAGAACUAACCUCUUGGUUUCAAUGAGUGAGACCAACCAUCCCUAAAUUUAAGAUUAUGCAAAGACAUACUGUGCAUUGAAUGCAGUAGUUAAGUCGACAAAGGAUGGGUCAAAAAGUCUUCCUGAAUCUUACCUGUCGUGUUUUUAAAAGGUUCCAAAGAACAAUAACUGCCAAAAAACUGGCUCACAAAUGUGAAUGUCUUUUAUUUUGGUGACAUUUUGUGCAAGAGCAAAACUUUCGUACUGCUUGUUGUUUGAUACACGUGGCAAUGAGGUAUACAUGACUGGCGUUAAAUAAAUACUGUUUCAUCACAGCUGCACAGCUCAUAUUUCUGUUAUUGAACUGAAAAUCAGAAAACAGAACAGUCGCUAUAGCAGACAUUUUGACUUGUCACAGCAGGAAAAGCACAGCUGGUUGUCGUGUCAUAGUAGUGGUUUCUCAGAGUUUAUUUAAAGUUUGAGUUCCCUUUUUGUCAACUUAGAUGGGCAUGAUCUCAUAUGUCCAUUGAUAUUUCUGAGAACUUAUUUCCGAGAAACAUAGAUACAAGGAUGUUUAUUUUAUGCACCAUAGGCCUUCCUCACGUAAGAUAUUGUGAAAUGUAACAGUAAGAAAAAGCACAUGUGUGAAUAUUAAAAUGAAUCAUGGCUGAAUUCCAUUUAGCUGCUUCUGUUUCAUG